GCGCUGGUGGGUACUGGGGUCACCGGGGGGCACCGGGACCACGGGGUGACUCGGAGGGACCGGGAGACACCGGGGAACCCGGACGGGCUGGGAGCGCUGGGAGGUGCUCCCAGAACCAUGAGGACCCUCGUGCUGUUGUGGGUGGCCCUGGCCAGCGUGAGGGGCCAGCUGCCCUGUCCCCAUGGGGGACCCUGCCCCGUGACCCCGGCCCUGCCUGUCCACAGUGCAAUGGGGUGUCAGGACAGCUCAUCCUGCCCCGCCAGCUGCCAGCUGCCAGAGAGUGUCCCCUGCACCGGGGGCCACCGCUGCUGUCCCCGAGGGUCCCACUGCAGUGCUGAUGGGGAGUCCUGUGUCACAGACCUGGCCCCCCGUGCUGUCCCCUGUCCUGAUGGCCAGUCCGAGUGUCCCGAUGAUGCCACAUGCUGUGUGACAAGCAGCGGCGCCUGGGGGUGCUGCCCCAUGCCCCAGGCCUCGUGCUGUGCUGACAAGGUGCACUGCUGUCCCCAUGCCACCGUCUGCGACCUGACCCACGGGCGCUGUGUGUCCCCCAGCGGUGACACUGACGUCCCCCUGAGCACAGCCUUCCCCUCCUGGAAGCGCCAGCCCCCCGCCCCAGUCACGCUGCGCCAGGUGCUGUGUCCUGAUGGCCGCUCGGCGUGUCCCGACGGGACGACCUGCUGCCAGCUGUCCCCAACGCAGUAUGGCUGCUGUCCCCUGCAGAACGCCGUGUGCUGCGGUGAUGGGCAGCACUGCUGUCCCCAGGGCACCACCUGCGACCUGAUCCACUCCACCUGCACCUCCCUGGGGGGCUCUGCACCCCUGGCAGCACUGCCCACAGCUCGUGAUGUGAAGUGUGACGAGGAGACGAGCUGUCCCGAUGGGAACACGUGCUGCCGGCUCAGCUCAGGGGCCUGGGGGUGCUGCCCCCUCGAGCAGGCCGUUUGCUGCGGGGACCACCAGCACUGCUGUCCCCGAGGCUACACCUGCAAUGUGGCCACCGAGAGCUGUGAGAAGCUGCUGGCGCCCACCCCACUACUGCCAACCCCCUCAGCCCCUCGCCAGGCCCCCUCAGCCCCCCACCGGCCACCCCCCGUCCCACUGCGAGCCCCUGGCACCCACCCAGGUGGCCUCGUGCCCUGCGGUGCCAGCGGCUCCUGCCGCGGGGGCCAGCGGUGCUGCCAGGCCCGGGGGGGCUCCUGGGGGUGCUGCCCCUUUGCCCAGGGCUCCUGCUGCUCCGACGGUCGCCACUGCUGCCCCGCGGGGUCCCAGUGCACCAGGGGGGGCUGGGGCUGCAGCCCCCAGCACCCAUACCUGUUCUGAUCUCACUGGGGACACCACCACCACCCCCGAGUGCCACCACCCCAAUAAACGGUUUCUAGGAGAAAUUCCA